UCCACACGGCUACUCUUCCCUAUGGAGUACACUCCCAUCGCGGAGCUUCGACCGGAGCUACCGGGACUCGAAUCGCAGCAGUGCCGAGCUGUCGUGACGCUCAUAUGGCCAUAUUCCUCGUCGGCACGACAAUUCGCCUUGCUCCUUGCCGAUCCGAAUAUUCGCCUCCGUCGCAACAAUGGGCAGGUCAGGGCACGCUUUUUUGGGUCGAGUGCUAGGGCAAUGGCCAGCACUGGUGUUGGGAUUGGAGACGAAGUAGUGUUGAGUUUGCGCGGUGCUUCCUUUGUGCGCGAGGAUACCGUCAGCACCCCUGGCAAGAGCAUAGAUUAUGAGUUAGAAUACACCCAGACAGUUGCACUUCAAAUAAGUCGACAUGGAACUGAACUCGCCACGCUUGACCUCGUCGAUGUUGCACCCACACCUGCCAUUCGAUCGCCCGUUCGCCCUACCCCUCAUAAACCCGCUCUCUCUGCCAUCGAGGAGCCUGGGAGAUGGUCGUCGCCUGCCUUUCUAAAACGUGCGCGGUUAUCGCAAGGUCCGGUAUUCGAAGCUGGCUACGACCCGUUCACGGACGAUAUAGAAGAUGAACACGCGAGGAAGCGCCGCAGGAAGUCUUAUAGAGACUGGAGCGCAUGGAAAUACUCAAAUCGAACUCCUUCGCCCGAGAAAGAGGAAAGGAGCUCCGAAGAUCUCGAUGAUGUCUACACUUCUCCUACACGCCCCACGAAGCUGCCGCGUACGCCUGUGUCGCCGCUAAAACCAGACCAACCCUCACAUAAAACAUCUCCGUCCGAGCAAAACCAAGUUAUCGGCUUGUGCAAUGAUGAUGAAAAAGAACAUGAGGAUACGGGAAGGGGCACGAACGAAGACCGCAUCGAGCAUAGGACAAACUUGGACCCCGACGCCAGAACCGAAGCUAAGAACGACAAAACGAAGACUCUAUCAGACCAAUUGGCGGACAGCGGAUUUGUUCGCAACAAUGAUGAUUACGAUUUAUAUGUCGACCCCAGUGGAAGUCCUCCGUAUGCUUCUCAACCGAUUUCUCAAUACCCUUCAGUUGAUGGAAGCGUUCAAGAUUCACAACGGGUAGAAAUCUUGUUAGACGAGGUUGACGAUGUUCCAGAUGUGAUAGCAGAUGAAGACCAAGGCGAGCAAAAUGAGCAGGCAACAGAAUAUAUAGACAUUCCAUUACCCAUGCACUCCCACGUUGAAGAGCCGUUAGGCAUAGGUCCUGGCAUGGCCACGCAGACAGGGCCCAACAUUGAGUGGCAUGGAGACUCUCAAAAUCUGUUGGCCUUGGAUGACAACUUUCCGAUCGUUAUGGCUCCUCCAACGCUGCCUAUGCUGCAAACCGAUUUUUCGACCACUCUUGCUCCGGGUAUGUUGACACCAAUUGGAAAAGAACCGCAAAGUCCGAGCCUGAGGCCACUCGAUUCAUCUACUUUGCCAAUGCCAUCCCCUUUUCCAGAUGAGCGCGACGAAGCGAACACAUCAUAUCUUGAACAUGUCGACCACUCACAGUCAGCUACACAAACUCCAACCAAGCAGAAGCACGUGGCCCAGGACGCCGACUCCGGUGAGACCAGCUUUUAUAGCUCUGUCAGUUCCUCCAAAGCCCCGGUCUUCCACGAAUCGGCUUUUACUGAUGUUCGUUUCACUUUCGGGUUUGAUGGGUCGGCAUUAUCUUCGUUGGUUCCAGCUGGUCAGACUGAAAUUUCAGAAGAUGUGCAAAUCCAGCCAGAAACAGUCGACGAGAUUCCAAAGACGCUCCAAGAAUAUAGUCUCGUGGAGGCUGGAGGUACAGAUUUAGCUGCCAUGGAUGAGGACAUCUCCUUUGCGGAAGUCGAUGAUGAGACAACAAAUGUGAACCUUGUCGCCCAGCCGACUCCAGAGAAACAAAAUAUCCAACCGAUUACUGCAAUCUCGUCGGAAGACUCUGAACAUGUGGAAGCGCUUGGUAAAACCCAGUCAAAAUUUAGGCGUGUGCUGAAGGAUUCAGCCAGUGACGGAUCCGCUGUUGACGGUGAAAAUGACGAUUCAGAGGCCAAUGCUGAAGAAUCUGUUAGCGUACAUGAGCAUGAUUUCCUGGACUCGAAUGAUCCAGAGACACAAAUUCACUUCGCUGAGGAAUCUACAAUUAUCCCAGGCACCGACAGCAGAGAGCCACCUGCGCCUGCACCUGCAGCAGUCUCAGAAGUCAUUGAUAUUGGGUCUGACUCCAGCGAUGAGGGCUACGAAGAGGAUCACAAAGAACCCCAACCUCUAACAGCCGAUUCACAAUCUAUUACCCCAGCUUCUCAAAUUCAAACUUAUCCUGCAGAAGGUGGAUCCAAAGGUGAAAAUCCUGACAUUAAAAUGGAAUCCAUUGAGAGGGAUAGCGCAUUCGACUUAGAAGGAUAUGAAGCUACACAGCAAGAGACCGGGCCCAGGAAAUCUGUAGGGCUUGCUGAUGAUCCUCCUGAAGAAAUGCUCAUUGAGAUCCCGGAAGGUGAUAGAGUUGAUGAGAACCAUGUUGUAUCAGUACCAGCCACCGCUCCAGCAAGUAACACACGCUCGAAGACGAAAUUAAUGUCUUCUCCAGCCAGAGGCGAGAUUUCCGUGCACAAAGGAACGCCACAAGCAAGUAAAGCGAGGUAUUCAUUAGAAUCUAUAUCUCGGACAACCCGUUCACCGUCUGCUACCAGGUCGACCCUAGCCACGUCUCCAACACCCGUAUCCUCUUACAACCUCCGUUCUCACUCAACACAACACUCACCUGCCAGCGUUAAUGUUACAGAGUCCAGACCUGUCAGCUCACAUCGACAGACCACCCAGCAAAGAUCUGUAGAAACGCGUGAUGACGAAGAUGGUAUGACUUCUAGUCAGUCAUCCACUUAUAAAGAACUGAAAUCUCCUGCUCUGAACUUUAUGCCAUCACAAAGCCUGGGCGCCUCUCGAGGCAAGUACUCGAAUACAGCCUUCGCCAAGGAUUCUGAGGAAAGUAGCUCACAUUCCGCAAAAUAUCUUCCUACUGCCCGGUAUUCUGAUGAUCCGACGGGGAACCAAGAUACUAGCAGUGAGCUAGAGGAUCCCAAGGGGAAUGAACCACGUGCAUCUCCUGCAACGAUGAAGACUGAGCCGGAGAGCCACGCAAACUCUGCACUAGUUUCUUCUCCGUCAGAUGUGAGAACCAGUUCUGCCUCAAAGUCUUUCGCGAGGGCGGCUUCGAGCAUGUCCAGCACUCCACGUAGAUCGCGUCGCUUGAGGAAAGAUGCGUACGAUCUACCUAUGGAUGAUGACGAGUUGUCUGAUGCUAGCACGCCCAAGCAGGCCACGCGUAAUCCCAGCGCAGCUCAAAAGACACCGCGUGAUCGACGCAAAGGCGACCCAUCUAGUUCGUUCUCGGUUUCCAGCGUGACAGAGGAAGCUACGAUCAGCUCGCCCAAGCCGCCCCAAUUUGCUCCGGUCCCGAAUCAAUCUAUUUCAGAAAACCCACUGCUCGCAACUCCAGAAGCGAGUCAACUGCCACCCGGGUCGCCGUCAUUUCCAUCUGCUCAACGGGACUCCGUCCUACCUAUCACACCGCAGUUGACACAGGCAAAUUAUGCUGGUCUACGCUCAUUCAAAACAUCGGACGAACCACUGCAAGUCGACAGCGACACAGUUGAGGUCGCCCACUCGCCGAAACCCAAACGCACACCUCACCGAAAUAUAGUCUCUACAGGCUCACCGCCCCGCACCGCAUCUCCCAGCGCCAAAUCAGACGUGGAAACAGAAGUGACGCUCGCCCCUAAACCCAAUCCGCCAUCCAUCGGGCUCUCAACACCAAUCGCAUACUACACUCCGCUCAAAGACAUCCACUACUUCCUUAACCGCUCCUCAAAUUUCCACUCAUCAUCGAGUCCAGACGUGUUCGCCCUCGUGACAAGCGAUACCACCGCCCCCAAACGAGCAGACAAGGGUCCCAAAGAUUACUUCACUACAUUUCAAAUCACAGAUAUUUCGUUGUUCCCCACCACAACGACGGUGCAAGUUUUUCGCCCGUACGACACAGCGCUGCCGUAUGCGCAGAAAGGUGAUAUUGUGCUGCUUCGCUCAUUUCCGGUCAAGAGCUUGAAUCGCCGCCCUACGCUCGUCAGUGGAGACGAUUCGGCGUGGUGCGUGUGGAGGUAUGGCAAGAUGCUGUGGGGGACGUCGAGGGCGGCUUUUGCGGAGAUCAGGGCUAGAGAGGAAGUUAAUGGGCCUAGUGUAGAGAGGGCAGAGGGUGAGUGGAAGGAGGUUGAGAAAAUGAGGGCUUGGUAUUUGGGGAGCGUGAAGGCGGAGUUGGAGGAGAGUGGGGUUAAAACCAGGAGUCGGGAUAAAGCUUAGGAUAGCU